AUGCCGGGGGCGGAGCGCGCCGCCGUGGCGCGCGAGUGCUGCGCAAUGUUUGCAUCGAUUGACCCUGGCUGGCUUCGCGAUUCGAUGGCGCUCGAGGGCUCCACGGAGUCGGUUGACGCCUCCAAGAAGCACUACCUCUUCGUGUCGGCCCUCCACGGCUCGCUCCUCUCCAUCGCCCGCACACUCGAGCGCGACGACGAGGCCCAAGGAGACGCGGCGACGCGCGCUGACGGCUCCGUAGUGCACAGCUUCCCGACUCCGCUCCCCACGCUGCCCGGCGUCACGGGUGAAAUCUGGUGCAGCAAAACCGGCGUCCCUGCCGCCGCCUCGCCUGGAGAUGGCUGCUCGGGCGCCGAGGUCUGUCUCGUGCUCGGCGCCGGCAACACCGACUUCCUUGGGCUGCGCGAUUGUGUGCAGCGCCUCUUUUGUCACGGCGAGUGCGUCCUGCUCAAGCACCACCCACUCCGCCCCUUUCUGUCUGCCCCGGCGGCGCACAUCUUUGCUCCGCUCUUGGCGCGAGGCUGCUUCGCCCAGAUUAUGGACCCGGGCGACGUGGCCCAAAUCCGGGGCAUGGUGCAGCACCCGCUCGUGGGGCAUGUUGCCGUGACGGGUGGCGCAGGCACGCAUCUCGCCGUGGCUGCCGCGCAGCGGGCUGUCGGCAGGCAGGACAGUCUCAGCAGCGAGCUCGGCUGCGUGACCCCGUGGAUCUUCAUUCCCGACGAACCGUCUGCCGAAACGCCGGGCUGGAACAACGCCUCAGUGAGUUUCGCGGCGCGCAACCUCGCCGCGGUCAAGCUCGACAACGGCGGCCACAACUGCAACUCGCCGCAGGUUGUGAUACUCCCCAGCGGCUGGGGACACACCGACGCCUUCUUGGCCGCACUGCGUGGGGCGCUAUCAGAGCUACCCGCCAUCCCUCCCUACUACCCGGGGAGCUUCCAACGCGCCGAUGCGGCCGCUAGGGCUGCCGAGGCCUGCUCCGGGGCAAGCGUCGAACGGAUCCCGACGUCGGCAGGCCACGACUUUGCUCUGGUCGCUCUCGGAGAGGCGCCUGCUGCGGACGCCACACUGGCUCCGUGGGUGCGCGAGCGCGGCGCAGUGCUGAGAGAGGAGGCGUUUGGACCGCUGCUGGUGGUGCUGUCCCUGCCUAGCGCGUCUCCGACCAGCUACAUGGAUGCGUCGGCGCGGCUCUGCAACGAGCACAUCUUUGGCUCGCUUUCGUGCGUCCUACUCGUGCCGUCGACGAUCGCGCAAGAGCAGCUAGACCGCAGCCUCGUCGCUCCGCUCCAGUAUGGCGCGGUGGCAGUCAAUCUGUGGUCCGCUUUCAACUACCUCUUCCCUGAGGGCACCUGGGGCGCCUUCCCCGGCCGAUUCUCGCCCGCGGCGCCCUCGACGGAGGCUGAUGGCGUCGGCUCAGGCAACGGCGUGGUCGGCAACGCCCUCGCGCUUGACGGCGUGCAAAAGUCCGUGCUCCGGGCGGAACUAGCGAGCCCGGUGACAGACAUGAGCGGACGCCCGCCCGCCCGCGUCUUCUCCGCCCUGGCCGCCGGCGUCACGCACUCGCACCGCAAGGGAAGCCGCGGCUCAGCUUACGCGGUCGUUGCGGCACUCGCGGCGCUCGUGACGGGCGGCCCGGCCGCAAAGGCCGGGUCUGGACCGUCGUAG